AUGGAGUUCUUCGCUCUCAUAAUCGCCCUUGCGGUGGCCGUCAACGAAGUAUCCGGUCACUACAUCUUCCAGCAGCUAUCUAUCGGUUCCACUAAGUACGGCGUCUUCCAACACAUCCGCAAGAACACCAACUACAACUCCCCCGUGACAGACCUCGCCUCCAACGAUCUGCGAUGCAACGUGGGCGGCGCCAGCGGUGCGCAGACCACGGUGGUCAAUGUCAAGCCUGGUGACUCGUUCACCUUCACCCUCGACACCGCGGUCUACCACCAGGGACCCAUCUCUCUGUUCCUUUCCAAGGCCCCCUCUCACGUACAGGACUACGACGGCUCGGGUAAAUGGGCCAAGUUCAAGGACUUUGGGCCAACCUUCUCCAACGGCCAGGCAACGUGGCCCCUGAGACAAACCUACGAGCACAAGAUCCCGACGUGCCUCCCCAACGGCGAGUACCUGCUGCGCAUCCACAACCUGGGGAUUCACAACCCGUGGCCGGCGGGCGUCCCCCAGUUCUACAUCUCGUGCGCCCAGAUCAACGUCACCGGCAGCUCUGCCCCGGCCAGCGCGUUCGCUCCGACGCUCAGCAUCCCCGGUGCCUUCAAGGAGACGGACCCUGGAUACACCGCCAACGUAAGCACAGUUUCCGGAAGUACUGUUGGAGGAGGGGCGACGCUGACAGUUAUCCAGAUUUACCAGCCCGGCUUCACCUCGUACGCGGCACCGGGGGGCAAGGAGGUAAGUCUCUGA